ACAAAUUAAGCUUUUUGCGGGACGUCUUGAAGGCGAUCAAGUAUUCACCAACGGAUAACAACCUGCCAGAAACCAACCACUUCCUAAAGUCUUUAAUUUCAUAUAUUCUUGUUUUGUAAACGCAAUUGUUCAUACAGAGUGUGGAUUUCGUACCAUCGGAUUUCGGGGUCGCGGCGCACGUUUCAUCUUAAAGAAGUCAAAAGUUUCGUGCUGGUUGGAGCAGUAUUCCUCCUUAAACGUGUGCUCCUCUUAUUUAGGACAAUCAAGAACAAACUCCGUUGACAUCCAUGAGGAUCCAUAGAACGCUGGAAAGCGAAGAAGUCAAUACCUUUAUGAACUCGGAAGGUGACCGAGAGAUCCCGAAAGGAGAAGACUCAGUUUCAACAACCAGCUCCACGAUGUCUAACGACACGAGGCUCGUGUUGAACAACUGCUGUCAACUCUUGCAUUCGGAAGACGACACAAGUAAGCUUGUCGCGUUAAGCAUGCUGGCAAAGGUUCUUAACGAAAACCCUGAAGUGCUUUCCAUCUGUUGGGAACGGAUGGACAUGCAUUUUCUCGAUCGGUUGCUCGUUUCCAAGCGCGAGGAGUACGUAGAUGUGGGUGUAUCCGUUCUACUUGCUUUCUGCUCUGACGAAAGAAUUCUGAACAGCCAAGAAAUGGCACAGCGGAUUCCCGCUGUGAUGAAGUGUUCCAAACGAUACUGGGAUUACAGUGUUUCGUUGUUGUGUGCGUUCUGCUACGCCAAACCGUUGUCAAAAGUUGUUCUGCGAUACGCAGACGUGAUCCUAAGCCAUGACUCGCUCGAAAGCGCGUUGGAAGUUUUAUCUACGGCUUUGUACAACCAGGACACUGUUGUGCCAUACCUGCCGACCGUUGUCUCAAAAAUUACAGCUACUAAUGCUUGGUCUUCCGGUUUCGUUUUACACUUUUUCACCGAACUGUUUUCCCGCUUCCCCGUGCAUUGCUGGUACAGCGAUAGCCUUAAAUCAAGUUUAAAACCUCUGGUAGAAGUAGUCAUGAAGCACUUUGUCACUAAAGAUGAUCUGGUGUCGACGUGUAUCAUUACCUCUGCCCUACUGAAAGCAUUUGGUGUGAAGGCGAUUAUUCAUGAUCUUAAAAUGCUUUUGCUGGUUACGGGUCGUUGCACAUCGGAAAUCCGUUCGUGUCUCUCUCUGCUCGUGGCCUGUCCCCGAAAAAGCGAACAAAAAGCCGUGCCAUUAGCGAUCUGUUCGAGCUUUGGCGUGAUCAGCAUCUUGCUGAACUACCUCUGUGAAUAUGGAGAUGAAAUUUCAGGCGAAGCCGAGCCUGAAGUGUUUUUCAAAUUGCAGAAACAUUUGAGCGAAAUGUUUUUCGAUACGAUGGAAUUUAUGCGUGAGUUUUGGGACAACAACGAACAACGCCGUAUUCAGAUCUCCUCCAACGUAUCACUGGUGAACGCCAUGUCAACGCUGUGUUUCUGGCUUGCCGAGGAUGACAGUCAGCUUGAGCAAGCAGCAGGUCUCAUGGACAUAUUCCUCUCCCUGUGGCAGUUUGGAUGGCAGAACCGUGUGGACUAUCCAAAGUGGUUUGGUGUCAUUAUGCCAAGCUUACUCGGCACGAAGAUUGGUUGGCACAUCUUUGAAAGCAUGCAAGGAUGGAAGGUUGUUUGGAAAGACUUUUGUCUGUGCAAUCAAGAGGCUGCAAAACAAGGUGGCUUUCAGCCAACUCAGCUGCAGGACCAGGAAGCGUAUGUGAAGUUGCUCAAUGAGGACUUGUAUAUGCAGGCCUGCCAAGAUUUUAAUAUCCUCAUCCAAGUCCGUAAACUCAUUCCUCCCUACAUUUGGGAGGACCCAAUUUGGCGUCUUUCUCCCUGGAAGGAAAAAAUUGCCGAAGACCUUCACUGAUCACCUUCUUCUUCCUACCCUUACCCCUGUUUUUGUCCUCAUAAACUGUACACUUUUACGUUGUUUUCUUUCUCAAAAAAAUUCACCGACAGCUACAAUUUUCCAGCAACAGAUUGCUGAAGACCAAAUAUUUCUAAUCUCCACCGAUCGCCAAGCAACUGCGGCGUUUGUUUCAGCUGCUGCGUAGACACUCACAUUUACUGCUACAUGGAGGCUAAACAAUUGCAGUUGAUAUCCUUUUGGUGUGUUUGUUCUUUCUAUUUCUAAUUUUCAAGAUUUUGGUUCACUUGCACGCUUGUCUCCUUUGGGUAGACUACUGUAUACUAUGGAUGAUAUUAGUUUUGUUUCAUGAAUACAUCAAAUAUUAGCCG